AUUAGAGCAAGAAUGAGAUCCAGUGACGAAACUAAGGCAAAUAGGAACAAUCAUAACGAUCCUAGCUUAAGGCAGGUCAUGAACAAGAAGUACAAGAUGGAUGAUGGAGGUCCUCGGCAUGUGGAACAAACCACACUUUUAGAACCUCAUAACUUCAUCCCCGGUUGGGAAGGAGGCGAUGAGGAGAAGAAAGAAGUUUCUUCAACUCUUGCAGGUCUUCGUAAAACCUAUGAUUCUUAUCACAAAAAGGUUUUACAAAGAGAGCAAGAGCUAGCUUUACUCAAGAAACAAAUCGAGCAAGUUAAUCAAGAAGAGCUUUAUGCUGAAGGUGAUGCCAUCUCCAUGAACGAGAAGCUUGAAGAACUGCACAUUGCUUCUUCAAGUGUCAAAAAGAGACACGAAGUAGCUCAGAUGGAUUCUAAGAUCUACUAUCACAUGCUUUCAAGAAUGAAGAAAGAUCUCAUUGCAAUGAAAAUAAAGACUAACGAACUCGAAAUCUCUAUGCAGCACAAAGAUAGUAUAUAUGAUAAAGAGUAUGCUAAGAGCAAGAAAUCUCAGGAGCAGAAGCUGCAGUCAAAAUUUAAACUAAAGAACUUGCUUGAGAAUGUAGAUUUAGAGCAAAGCAAGAUUCAAGAAAGAAUCAAAUCUCUCCAAAUCAGUAUUAAAAACAAAGAAGAUGCUGUCCAAAGAAGGAUGGAGAGAGUCAAGAGGCAACAAGACAUCGCCGAUACAGCCGCUAAUGAGAACAGAGAUUCCGAUGAAGUCAAGAUUAGAGAAAACUUCAUGGCCCAAAAGCUCUGGGCAGUCUUCCUCAAGAGGAAAAUGGAGAAAGAAAUGUACAACUCUUCAGAAGUAGAAGAUGCCUUCCAGACAAUUAGAGCUGCUACUGGAAUGACCGAUAUUCAUUCAAUAGUGCAGAAAUUCUUGACUAGAGAACAGAUUUACUCUCAGUUGCUAGUGAACGUAGCUGAAAGCGAGAGAAAGAUUGACUCCCUAAAGAAAGAGAAUGAAGAGCUCAUGAAUGAACUCAAUGACUUAAUGAUCGACAAGGACGGAGUCAAGGUUGAAGAUAAGAAGCAGAACCCAGAAAUUGAACAACUAUCAACUCAAAUCUCUGAAUUAUCAAAAGAAGUUGAAGAGUGCAAAGACAGAAGUCAGAAAGUGGAAAUAGUUACAGACCAAGUGUAUGGAUGGAGUCAGAAAGUUAUUCAGAAAAUGAUAGAGCAAUUCAAUGAAAACAGGUUAAAUAUUUCUAACCUCGAUGAUCUUGAGAAGCUCAAGAAAGAAGUGAGUUUAACAGAACUUUUUGAGAAGAUCUGUGAUACUACUUGUGAUCAGUUGGAACAACUCAUAGCUGAUGAGGUAAAUGAAGAAGAUCGAUACAUUACUCUGAAGGACUUCUUGAAUGACUUUGCUUCUCAAGAAUUUGUUCAGAAGAACAUCAGAGUUCGUCCGAUGUCUGCUCGUACUAAUGCUGAAGACUCUCAGAAGCAAGAAAAUAUGGGUAAAUCCAAGGAUGGUGGUAAAGAUGACCAAAAUGAUAUGAGAAGCAUGUUAUUCGAACUGGAACAACAAAGAAAAGACAUCAAAGAGAAACAUGUCGAAGCAAAGAGAAAGAUUGAGGCCGAGGUUGAAAAGAAGAAGAAAAUGUAA